AUGAGUGUACUGAUUGAGACAACUCUUGGUGACUUGGUUAUCGACCUAUAUACAGAUGAAUGUCCAGUUGCAACCAAGAACUUCUUGAAGUUAUGUAAGAUAAAGUAUUAUAACAGUUGCCUAUUCUACAAUGUACAGAAGGACUUCAUAGCAGAGACAGGAGAUCCAACAAACACUGGUAGUGGCGGAGAGAGUAUACAUGGAGUACUAUAUGGACAAGAAGCAAAGUACUUUGACGAUGAGAUACAUCCAAAGAAGCUCACUCAUCGCAACAUUGGCACCGUGGCAAUGGCAAACAGCGGGAAGAACUUAAAUGGCUCGCGAUUCUAUAUAACAACAUCACCAAACAAUGAUUACUUGGAUGAGAAGCAUACUAUAUUUGGACAAGUCGUCGAAGGAUUGGAUGUUCUGAGCAAGAUCAACAACAUCUUUGUAGAUGGCAAAGGUCGACCACUUAAGAACAUUCGAUUGCUACACACUAUAAUCCUGGAAGACCCUUUCCCUGACCUCAACUCAAUGGAGGUGCCAGAUGCAUCACCAGCAUUCAAGAAAGAUAAGGAUGAUAGUCGAUUCGAAGCGGAUGAGGACAUUGAUGCAGAUACGAGAGGCAAGACAAAGGAACAGAUUGAGGAAGAGUUGGAUGCCAAGGCGGCGCGAGGAAGAAGUGAACUGUUGGAGAUGCUUGGAGUGCUCCCCGAUGCAGAGAUCAAGCCGCCAGAGAAUGUAUUGUUCGUCUGCAAGCUGAACCCGGUGACGACAUCCGCAGAUCUGGAGAUCAUCUUCUCAUCAUGUGGCAAGAUCGUGAGUUGUGAGGUCAUCAAGGAUCAGGUCACUGGCGAUUCACUAUCCUAUGCCUUUAUCGAGUAUGAGACCAAGAAGCAAUGCGAGGCAGCUUACAGCAAAAUGGAGAAUGCACUCAUCGAUGAGAGGAGGAUACAUGUUGACUUUUGCCAAUCGAUUGCUAAACUAAAGUAUAACCAAGGAGCAAAGAACUUCCUUACACGCAAGAUCAAUAGUAGUCUUGUCAAUCCUCAUCAUCAUCUAUCGACUGGAACAAAGGGAUAUGACUAUGUCUAUGACGACGAUGAUCAUCCCAAGCAGCCAGAGCUCAAAAAGACAAGAAUGGACAACAAGGAUAAUGGAAACAACACUUCGUCCAGAGACACUGGAAAAGACAGAGACAAAAGAGAUGGAGACAGAGACAGAAAUAGAUACAAUGACAGAGAUAGAGAUAGAGGAAGAGAUGGAGACAGCAGUGACAGAAAUAGAUAUAACGACCGAGAUAGAUAUAGGGAUGGCGACAGAGACGGCCCAAGAGAUGGACCAAGAGACGGCCCAAGAGGUGGCCCAAGAGAUGGUCAAAGAGAUGGACAAAGAGACGGCCAAAGAGAUGAUAGAUAUAGAGAAAAUGACCGGGACAGAGACAGAGAUAGAGAUAGAUAUAAUAGAGGUGGUGACAGAGAUAGGGAUAGGAGUAGAGAUUAUGGAAGAGAUAAACGAUAUUGA